UGCUCCCCUCACUCACUACGCCUCUUCCCCACCGACCAUCACUCCUACUCCCGAGGAGGGCAAUACACUUGAUUGUUUGCUGAUCAUGGCCACCUCUACAGUACACUCUCGUUAACCUAAAGGCCUCCGAUUGUCUCAUCACUACCUUCUAAUCCAUCGAUCCUGCUACCUCCUUUCUACGGCGAACAAUCCCCCCAAAUCGCAACAAUGUCCAACGACAACGAAAGCUUCCCCCGUCUCCGCUGGUCCCGCAACACUCAGCAGCCGGAACGUCCGCAUCACCGUCGUAGUCUGAGCGAUGCCCUCCGCUUGAUGCGCACACGCGAGGAGCAGGACAACCUGCUUGGUGACGAUGAGCGAGUGGACACGGAAGAGGGGCAUGUGCAAGGGCCGGAGCAGAUCUUCUGUCCAAAUCCCCAUGCUGAGUUACCGGUCUACACGACGCUGCAUAGGAUACGGAGGCUGGUCAUGGCGAGCAUAGACGACCCGUACUCCUUUGAGCAGCUGAAGGAGCCACGAAUGAACGUGCUGAUUGUGAGACCGUUGGUGGAUCGGUUGUAUGACCCCGAGGACGUGUCCGUCGUAUACUGUUUGUUAGUAAAUAAAGUCCAGUUUCUGCGUGAGCAGACGUCCCAGACACAUCAUGAAACGGUCAGCAUCACACGAGCCACACUAUGCGAGAUCGUGGCAUCGAAGAUUCUGAGACGGAUUGACGAAGAGCAUUCCGGCCGGCCCGGACUUUUACUUCUUGCCAACGUUCUUGUGGCCAGCUUCGAGCCGUUCCAGCAAGCACCAGAUGAGGUCCUGAGCGAGAGUGGACAUCACAGCAGACGGACGAAACGAAAUCGAAGAGGAGGAUAUGAGGGAACGUUGACUGCGCUGGAAGUCGCAAUCAUAUCAAAGAGCAAGUUCUUCUUGAGCGGUUCGGCGUGCAGGAAGGUUGUUGAUGCGGUCUACCGCGGUAGAGUAGUCUACACACCGACGUCCUUUAUGGACAUACUGCCGGACUACUACAAGCACAAGCCAGUAUCGCUAUAUGAUCCCCGCAAGGCCCCUAUCUUCAACCAGUACCGCCUGAUCGUGCCACGCACCCGAAACCUGAUUGAGAUCUUUCAGUUCCUGAUUCUCUUCAUCCUCUACGGCAUUGCAAUGCACUACCGCGACCACACCCAAUGGACGGCACCCGAAGUCCUUUUCAUAGUCUACGCUGCAGGCUGGGUGCUUGAUGAGCUUCUUUCCAUCCUCGAGCAUGGCUGGGACGUCCACACGCAGAAUCUGUGGUCCUUUCUCGACAUAUCCUUCUGCGUCAUCUACAUCACCUACUUGACGGUCCGCAUACACGGCUGGGCGGUUGGCAACAUGGAACAAUGCCGGCAAGCCCUUGACCUGCUGUCGAUAGCCUCUAUACUUCUCUUUCCACGCAUCGCAUUCAAUGUUGUACCGGACAACAUGCUGUUCCUCUCGCUGCGCGCCAUGAUGGCUGACUUUACCGUGCUCACCCUGCUCGCCGUAUGGUGCUUCGCCGGGUUCCUGCUCGCAAUGCGCUGGCUUGCUGCCGGCCGUGCCUUUGAUGUCUCGGACGAUGACACGAACCCCAUCACAAUCUCGAAAUGGAUGCUCUUCAUAUGGUUCGGCCUCGACGGCACGGGCAUCCAACAGGCGCCCACGUUUCAUUUGAUUCUGGGUCCCGCACUCAUGGUGCUCUUCGCGUUUCUCGGAAACACGCUCUUUCUCACCGUGCUAGUGGCCAUUCUCACGAAUACAUUCAGCAAAAUCGCUGCCGACGCGAGUGCUGAGAUCCAGUUUCGACGCGCCGUGCAGACGUUUGAGGGUGUCAAAUCUGACAGUUUGUUCCUAUAUCGACCCCCAUUCAACAUUUUGGCCCUCGUCAUCCUCCUCCCAUUGAAGUUCAUCCUCUCGCCACGAUGGUUCCACAAAAUCAACGUAUUCUCCGUCAAAGCGCUGAACUUUCCCAUUCUGCUGUUCAUCGCACUACACGAACGCCGCAGCCUCUGGACACGCAAGAAAGCCACCGUUUCAGGCGGUCCGAACAAGAAGAAGCGGCUGUCGCUGAGCAAUCUGACCCAGGGCUUCGACGUGCACGGCGACCUCAAGGCUGUCUUCGAGGCGGACCCGCCGACGAGCGUGCUGGAUGCGAUUGAGGAAGAAGACGACUUGGACGAGGCUAUUCUGGAGAACAGCUUUGCGCAUGGGCCUAGGCAUGGGGAUAGUCUGAGUACGCGCGGCGUGAGCGUGAGUCCGGGGGCGUAUAGUGGCAGUCCGGGGAGUGGCGGCAGGAGGCGGAGGUUUAGUAGUGUUGUUACGGCGGCGCAGGUUACUUGAGGGGGUUUGUGUGGGCGUGUUGAGUGGAUGGAUAGAUAGUUUUGAUACCCUAGGAGACCCUUAUUGUUAAUCUGAUUGGGCUGUAUCCG